UAAUCUCGCUAGUGAAAUUAUAAACUAACGGUUUUUACAAUUUUACGGUGACAUAUACACGUUGUACAAGAAGAAAACCAAGCAACAUAAAAUUAUCAGAAAGACCAAUUUAUUUGCUACACAUAUAGUUACGUGUGUACAUGCAAAUUGGUAUAGAUACAAAAAUAUACAUAUACAGGGUGUCCGGUAAUGAAUGCAUAACUUUUUGACUACCAAUAGAACACCCUUAGUCCGCUUUCACAUUAUCCGAUCCGAUAUCGGAUGUCGGAAGGAUUUCAAUAGAUAAAAUCCAAGAUGGCGCCUGUAAUGUAUCGGUCCGACAUCCGAUAUCGGAUCGGAUAAUGUGAAAAUGCACUUAGUCUGAUGCAGAAAAUCAACGUUAAAGCUCCCCAUUCACGGUACGAUACAUCGUUUCGAUCGAUCGGACAGAUAUCGUGGCGACCGGUCACAUCGAAAGUGCCAACCAUACACGAAGCGAUUGAUCGUAAACGAUCUACUCGAACGAAAUGGAAUAAUAAUAAAGUCAGUCAGUCAGUAAUAAAGUCAGUCGAACGAAACGGAAUAGUAAAGAUAAAAAUCGAAUCGUUGGUCGCAAGCGUCCACACACUUUCGAUAGUUUCGAUCCAUCGUUGCGAUAUUCAUGCUUGCACGGGAUUUUCUUGCGAUGUCCGAUAUCGUAUGCGAUCAAGUUAAUCGUAAACGAUAUUGACAUAUACUAUCGAUCGGUCGUUUCGAUGAAUCUGUUGCGACGGAUGGUACAGAUAUAUCGUGCCGUGAAUGGGGGGCUUUAGGUUUAGCAAAACUAUUACGCAUUUUUCGUAUUUUUUUAAAGUGUGCUUUGAGUUAGUGAGUGAAAGUAAGAACAAACCAGUAACUAAACCUUCAAUCGAUUUUCUGGACCAGUCUACGAGUAAGGUGCUCUAUUAGUGGCUGAAAGGUUAUCCGUUAAUGACUGGGUAACCUGUAUGUGCAGCUCAGUCUGACAAACACUUGUAAGAAUAAUUAGUGUCGUGUCAUAAAACCUGAAUAAAAAAUACAUGUAACUCAACCUAGGUAUAAGCCACAAAAUGGACACUCAGCAUGUAUUUUGUCUUGUUCGUAUAAUCCAGUUUGAAUCAUUUUUACAUGUCAAAUCCUCAUGAAUCCGCAUGAAAUGGCUGGUUUAUUUUUCCGGAUGGCGCGCAGCAGUCAGCGGUUCCACCUCGGGCGGCUAGCUCGUGUCGCGACCCGUGCGGAUUCGCGAACUCAAUCUUACGCUAACUUCGCUAGAUAAACUUGGAAUAUUUACAAAAAUUGCACAGAUAAAAAAUCACUCGUGAACUUCGCUAUGAUGAACUUGUGAAACUUAUUCGGAAUAAUUCUUAGUUAUAUACUUGGUGAUUUUAUGAUAUUUGAAUUUUAAAUAUAAAGUGCUUAAAUGUAAAUAUUAGUUAAUAUUUUAAAUUAAGUAAAAAAAUGUACAGAAUAAUUUUAAAACAUAAAUAAAUAAAACUUCUGUGACAAAACACUUUUUUGUGGAUUACAAUGGUCAAUAAUGGAUUAAAUAUAAGGUCUCGAAGCGGUUCAUGGACAAAUCAAUUCAGUGUGUAUAGUGAAAGAUCGAUAGUGUAAACAACAAUUAACGAUGUGAAAAUAUACGUACAAUAUUAUUCAUAAAAUGGGCUCGUUUUUGCACGUGAACGACACAAACUUUACGGCCGAACCUGUGGACCCCGUAGUGAUAUUCGGGCCACAAAGAGACCCCAUGUACAUAGUGAUACCGAUAACAAUAAUGUACUCUAUAAUAUUUGUGACUGGACUUUUUGGAAAUAUUUUCACGUGCUUAGUGAUAAUACGAAACAAAAGUAUGCACACCGCAACAAACUAUUAUUUAUUUAGCUUAGCGAUAUCAGAUUUACUGUUGCUCAUUAGUGGUAUGCCUCAGGAGAUGUAUUCGAUAUGGUCGAAGUGGCCGUACGUGUUCGGGCCGGCGUUCUGCCUGAUCCGGGGGCUGGCGGCGGAGACGUCGACGAACGCGAGCGUGCUGACGAUCACGCUGUUCACGAUCGAGCGGUACCUGGCCAUCUGCCACCCGUUCGUGUCGCACAAGAUGUCGAAGCUGUCGCGCGCCACGCGGCACGUGGUGGCGCUGUGGGUGGCGGCGCUGACGCUGGCGCUGCCGCAGGCGCUGCAGUUCGGCGUGCGCAGCCACCAGGGCGUCGCCAUGUGCCUCCAGACCCGAGUCAUCAUACAGCACUCCUUUGAGAUGUCCACCUUCUUCUUCUUCUUCGCCCCUAUGGCGCUAAUAACAGUACUUUAUUCUCUAAUCGGACUGAGAUUAAAGAAAUCCGAUUUAAGUAAUGACGUACCGGGGCAAAAGGAAUUAAAAUUGAAAAUGAGAUUUACUCCCAAAAUACAAAGGAAGCAUAGCCAGUCAACGAAGCGCGUCAUAAAAAUGCUAGUCGCCGUAGUGGUAGCGUUCUUCAUAUGCUGGGCGCCGUUCCACGCGCAAAGGCUUGUGGCCAUCUACGGCACGGACGAACACCAUCGCCCGCGCUCCAGCCUGCUGCUCCACGCCUAUACCACUCUUACAUAUAUCUCCGGGGUCUUCUACUAUUUCUCAACGAGCAUCAACCCCAUACUUUACCACAUCAUGUCCAACAAGUUUCGGGAAGCAUUCAAGAACACGCUGGUGCGGUGCUGCCGACCCGGAGCGCGGGCCGUACAGCGCAGCUCCUACACGACGCUCGCUCUUGGCCGAAACCCCGCUUCAAGCAGCACUGACAACUCAGGUAAUAAUCCUAAAGAUGGCGCCCUUAGCGACAAGAGAACUACAAGAGGAUCUUUAAGGUCAUCAUCGUCAGAUAAAAAAAUCAAAUUCGACUUCGACCGUAAUAUAAUUUAUUAUCAACACAAAUAUGCCCAGACCGACGUCUCAAUCCAGCGAGAUGUAGAAAAUGGGAUUUAUGAAAGUAAAGGAACAGAAGAAAAUAACAUUUCUAAAAAAAUAUACGUAGUCGCUUCAAAGGAGGCCAGUGGAGAUACUCAAGAGUCCAAAGUCACUCUAUCAGAUGAGCCUGAAGCCUAUAUGAGAGAGAUUCGAGACCGGAUGAAUCGACGGCAGAAGGGAUACGGAUAAAAGAGAGGUUUUCAUAAACAAGGGAUGGUCAGCUGGGACACUCCCGGCAAUUGAUACCUACUACUAGCGUGAUUCGCGCUCCCGUCGUCACAGAGCGCGGGCCAGAAAGUCCUAACAAGACGAAAGGCAAGUGCUUCGCGAUAGUUACCUAAUGAAAAGACAGUAUUGAGGGUGGUCUGCUACCCGGUUUUUUAUAAAUACCUGAUGUAGAUUAAAGUCGGACCACGCAUUUAAGCCAAUUGUUACGUCAAGUAGGUAUGAAUUUUACAGGGAUAUAGUAUCUAUGCAGUAUUGCUGCCUCGUUUAUGCUAAGGUAGCGUGGACAGAUUCAGAGUCACACAUAUUAGAAUAGAGAAGACCGAGGGAAUUUGGAGAGAUUACUUCAUUAUGUGUAACACACUCAAUACUACGGGCCUAAUUCGAACCAACGCAUCAUUUCAUAAUUAAAAAAAAAAACAACCGCCGCCUUUGGGGUUCUGGUGAAAGCUACUUGCGAAUGUUGGAUUAUGUAGAAAUGUGUAGGUAUUU